UCAACACGAACGUCAGAAUUUGAAGAAAUGACAGCGUGCUGAGAGACACCAUUGACUUUUACACGCGAAGUGAAUGAUGACUGUCAUCUCUUUUUGGUUCGACGGGAGAAUUCAUUUCAUACGGGAUUUGAAGAAAGAUGGCAGAAGUUUCAUUUCGGGAAGAAGCAUGCAGCUUUAUCAGACCAACCCAUCCUGGACUAUAUUGUAAAGUUCAGUCGAACAAAAGGCAUAGACUUACUCUCACGCUCCGACUCUGACUCUUGAAGACUCUAAGAAUGAGGUGGUGCUGCUCAUGCUAACCAAACUCAUGCUCCUGCUCAUUCAGAGGAUAGUGCCAAUGCUGCUGGUCUCAAAUCAUCACAAAGAAUGAGAAGGUUGUGGAUCCGCCUCAAACUGAGAACUGUGAUAUGUAUCACUUUAACCUUGGCACUUGUUAUAUGUUGCUUCACAAUCACAUUUUCAGUAGUGAAAGAAGGAGGACAGGAAACAGAACUGUCAGAGAACCUGCGGCUGACAGAACACUAUGGGAUUAAUUGCACAGCAAUAUAUGAAAUGGAGCCAGUGGAAGUGGGCAAAACUUUAGUCAUUCUCAAGGAAAAAAGCUACGUAGGGCAAACUGACAGAACUAUUGUGAAUGCCACCUAUGACUGUGAUUGGUUUGUUGUGUCACGGGGCUAUGAUGUGAUUCAAGGCACUGAGUUGGAGCGUGAAUUUCCCCUUGCUUAUUCUUUGGUUGUUCAUCAGGAUGCUGCUCUUGUGGAGAGGUUGCUGAGGGCCGUUUAUAUGCCUCAUAACAUAUACUGCAUACAUUAUGAUCUGAAGUCCUCAGAUGACUUUAUUUUAGCAAUGAAAGGUCUGGCCCGCUGCAUCCCCAACGUCUUCAUUGCCUCAAAGCUGGAGAGGGUGCAGUACGCAGGCUUCUCACGACUCAAAGCCGAUCUUAAUUGCCUGUCUGACCUCCUAGAUUCUGAGGUCAAGUGGAAGUAUGCCAUCAACCUGUGUGGUCAGGACUUUCCACUGCGGACAAACGCUGAGCUGGUGUCGGAUCUAAAAGAGUUGAAAGGCAAGAACAUGGUGGAGAGCAAGUGGCCUGAGGGAAAAACAGAUCGCUGGACUUAUCAUCAUUUACUGAAAGAUAGUAAUUCAGAGUACUAUGAGUUUCCUGUAAGCACUUCUGAAAUGAAAUCUCCACCUCCUCACAACAUAGCCAUGUUUGUGGGCAGUGCAUAUUUCACACUUUCAAGAGAAUUUGUUGUUUUUGUGAACCAGAGUCCCCUAGCCAGUGAUUUCUUGGCUUGGUCUGAGGAUACAUACUCACCUGAUGAACAUUUCUGGGCAACUAUGAUUCGUGUGUCUGGAGUACCAGGGGAAGUGCCAAGUUCUGACCCUGAAAUCUCAGAACUAGUUAUUGUGAUGCUUUCAUCAGCUGUUUGGAUUCUUAUUCUUAUGGCACCUACUCACCUCAGAGGAUCCAUUGGUAAUGCAAUUUUUUACAGAUCUGUUCUUAUAAAGAAGCAAACUCACUCUCAGGAUGGCCUGAGGCCAUUUUCAGCAAAUGUUUAUUUUUACACUAACUAAUCUUAAAACAAACAAAAAAAAAAAAACAUUAGAAUGGCAGGGAAUUUUUUUUUUCUUCAAGCUUUAAAAUCACUGGAUCUUACACACGUCUAUCUCAAAUGGAGAAGACUUUAUGUUAGUUCAGAGCAAUGAAACUUAAGCAAUAAUUUGCAGGGAAUGGAUUUGCAUGUGCCCUCUGGGUUGCCAUUGGGCCAGAUUCACAGAAGGAAUAAUGCAAAUCAAGUAAACAAAACACCCUAAAUCUAGACACAAUUUGCGUGUUGCAAUUUCUCAUUGUGCUGGCUAGUUUUGAAGGCUUGUAAGAAUGCAGCAGACAUCCCUGGACUGGUAUACUGUACUGGGGCUAUUUAGCAUUGCUCCAAAACAAUCCAGGCCCCUAGAAUAAAUAGCUCUUUAACAUUUAGAAAGUGUGCUUAACUAUAUUUUGAUGAAUAACUGCUGCCAUUUUUAGAAUUAUUAUUUGCAUUUGGUUAAACUGGAUUCCAGUUGUUUAGUAAGUCCCAGGUAUUUUUUUAUUUUCUUUUUAUUUAUUUAUAAAGCACAAUGAAACUACAAUGGUUGACAAUUGUGCUGAACAAUAUAGUUUGAAAAUAUCAAAAUACAUAAAAUAGUAAGACAAGACAAACAAAUAAUAAUUAUAAAUUAUAAACUCCUGUUUUCUCAUACACUAAAAGCGUUCUCAAAUAGGUAGGCUUUAAGCCAUGUUUUAAAAAGAGAUUCUAUUGCAGUUGUUCUGAUAGAGAUUGGAAGGCUGUUCCACAAUUUAGGGCCGGCUAUGGUUUCUGAUUUUGGACAUCUAGCUGGACUGUGUAAACUCAAGAGAUCAGACAUGUACAAAGGAGCCAGUCCAUUUAAAACCUUAAAAACAAAAAGUAAAAAUGUAAACUAUUUUAAAAUGGACUGGCAGCCAGUGCAAAGAGAGUUAAGGAGCCACGCACAUGACAUGCAAGAAAAAAUAAAUAAAUUUUGUGCACGAUUUACUAAUUUGUUCCCUCAAUUUACUAAAACAUGCACAUGUUUACUAUUGCGUCCCCUCGAUUUGCUACAUCGUGCUCACGAUUUAGCAAAUCGAGGGAAUGAGUUAGUAAAUCGAAUUGCAUUGAAUUGCAGUAGUCUAGUCGAGAAGAAAUAAAAGCAUAUAUAGUUCUUGAACUCAGCACGUUAAAAAACCCUUCAAGUUAAAAACCCCUUCACCUUUGCAAGGAGUCUGGGCUGAAAAAAACUUGGAUUUGACUACUGUAUUUACUUUCUUAUUAAAAGUCAAAGUGGAAUCAAAUACAACACACAAUUUUUUUUACAGAGGGCUUGACAUAUUCAGCCAGAACAGCCAGCACUUGCUGUAUGUUUGCCAGAUUCAGCUAAAGAACCGAACGCAAUGGCCUCAGUCCAAUUUAGAUAAAAAAUAAAUAAAUUAAGAGACAUCCAGGCCUCAAUACCAGACAGACAAGAAGUUAAAGCACUCAAACUCUGGUUGUCAUUUUGCUUAAAAGGCACAUACAUUUGCAUGUCCUCAGCUUAACAAUGAAACGACACUUUGUGCUUGUUAAAAAUGGAUCCAGACGGGAGCAUAUACAAAGAAAAUAAAAUUGGAGCAAGGAUAGAACCUUGAGGAACUCCACAAUUCAACACUGAUUUAGAGGAUGAGCACCCAUCCACACAAACUGAGAAAGUUUUAUUCAAGUAUUAUUAGAAGUAUUAUUCAAGUAAGAUUAGAACCAUUUUAGCACAGAACCAUUAAUACCCACAAAGUGUUCCAGACUGGAAAUAAGAAUACUGUACAGUGUCAAAUGCUGCACUUAAUUCUAAAAUCAAAAGUACUACAGAGUUACCGGUAUUAACUGAUAACAAGAUAUCAUUUAACACUCUUAAAAGGGCAGACUCAGUACUGAGAUGUUUCCUAAAACCUUAGUGAAAAGUUUCAAACUCACUAUUUGAAUCUAAAUAACUUAGCAAUUGAUUAAAAACAACUUCAUCUAAAAUUGUAGAAAUAAAAGGUAGACUGGAAAUGGGCCUAAAAUUGGAUAACACAUUCAUUUCCCUAUUUUUCUUUUCUUUUUUUUUAAAGAGAGGUUUGAUUGGUCUUAAAGAAAUUUAGUUUUGAAGUUUUGAAAUAUUCAGGGACAGUCCCUUCAGAGAGACUGGAAUUUAUUAUAGACAGGAUACAUGCUCCAACAGUACCAAAAUCUUAAUAAAUAAAUGUGUUAGAAUAAAAUCAGUUGGGAGACGUAGUGGUUUUAAAUGCCUAGUAAGUUCUCAAAGAGAAUCUAUAGAAAUUGGUUCAAAUUCACUAAUUUGCAGGCCAGAGGGACAUAGGGGAAUUUUUAUUUCUGAUAAAAAGUAAACACUACAGGCUUAUGAUCAGCAAAACUUAAUUCACAGGUCACAAGACCUUUAACCAUUUGGACCAAAUCAAUAAGUCAAUAAAAUACUUUGCAAGGGAAUUAGUAUAACAACAAACAUGAAUAUUUAAAUCCCCAACAAUCAAGAGUCUGUCAAACUGUGUAACAAUUCCUCCUAAAAAAAUUAGCAAAUUCAUUGAUAAAAUACUUAAUUUGGUUUCUGUAGACAAUAUACAACAGCAACCACCAAAUUUUUGUCGUACUGAAGAACUUCACAGUUUUUAGGCUCUGACAGCCAAAACUGCCUUAAAAGACGGAUGAAUAAAUGCUACCCUUUCCAGGAAUGGCUGCAAAACCUGAAAAAAAAAAAAAAAAACUCAUGGAAUUUCUUGUGAAUUUACCCCUGAGCAUUAAACUCUUUUUGUUGAUUUUAUCAAAAUAUAAAUACUUAAGAAUUUACUCUAAAUUAUAAAAUUAUUAUUUUCUAAACUAUUUUCUUUAGAUUGACUAAGCUUUUUUAAUGCAUACUUUAUUCUACCUAUUUAUUUGCUCACGAAUUGAAAGGGUAUGUUUACAAUGUUUUAUUGUUUUUUAAUUCCUUUAAUAAUCAUAUUUGGUUUAUUGAUGUAUUGAUUUAUUUAAUGACAAUGUUUUUCAUUUCACAUGUUCUUUUCUAAUUUAAUUUGUUAACCACUUUCACAGUGCAUUAAUUUUCUUUGUAAUACCAUGCUUUUAAUUGUUUAUUGUUACAUGCAGUGUGUUGAGCGGUCCCGUCCUGUUUUUGAGUGGUGACAGAAAUGCAGCUGUUUACUGUUCCUUAGACUGGCUUCAGAGAAGCAGAUAUGCACAUUAUUCCAUUUAAUUUACAAUAUAUUUAGAUUUUAUAAAUAUAUACAAAAUAUCAUAUUGUAGAAAGAAGGUUUUUAAUUUUAGUAAAAUAUUUUGUCCGUUUUAUUCUGCCGAUGUCUGAUGAAUGUUGGCGAAUGUCAUGAAACUCACUAACUCAACACAAGUAUCUCCAACGCACAUGCAUUUUUAACAUUUCUAAUUCUUUUGGAGUUGACAGUUCCAUUUGAUGCUUUAUGGCAAAGGAUGCCAAUAUAUCCUAAAUACAUUAUUCAUCAGUUUAAGUUUGCUCUGUUGUGUGUGAAUGAAUUGUUUAAUUGUUAAGGCCUGAAUUUUAGAUUCUAAUGACACUCAACAUGGAGGAAGGAAGAUACUACUUUGGUCUGUCUAAUGGUCUAAUUGCACUAAUUAUUUAGAACAAUAGGGAUGGAUGAAGAGUGAUUUCAGAUUUAUGACCAACAUUGGCCAGAGUUAUGAACAUUAAUCUUCUUUCACCCUGUGAGUCAACCUGUCCAUGUAGGCAUGUGCUUACUUCAUUGUUUGCCAAAACACAGUCUAUUAUUAACAAAAGUUAUGCAAUGCAAUUUCUCCCUUUUAGUGUUUAUUUUGCUAUGCUACUGUAUAACUGGUCAUGGUUGGUUGUGUUGUAUUAUUUGCAGUUUGGUUUGUUUAAGAUUGUUUUUUUGCCUGAUGUCUGUGAACUUGCCACCCAUUUUUGGGGUUCUGACUUACUCAUUAAACCAUCAUCAUUCACA